UAGGAAUAUACGGUGGUACUUCUCUAAUUUCUGAAACUUCCCAUGGCAUAAUAAUCUCAUAAUUUCCAAAAGAACUAUUGACAACUUUAUGUGGUAUUGUCUACAAAAAUUGUUACACUGAAUAACUAUUUGAUGAAAGGUCUGCCAGAUUAUAAGAUUAUAUGAAGAAUCAGCUGCUACACGCAUUAUUUGGGAAAAUAACCUUAAAUGAACUACAUUCACGAACUAUGAAUACUACAAUGAAAACGUUUCGACAAGUACUCGCAAACGCGAAGAACGUGUUGAUAUUAACUGGUAGUGGAAUUUCUGCGGAAUCUGGUAUUCCAACAUUUAGAGGUGCUGGUGGUUUUUGGAGAAAAUAUCAGGCUCAAAAUCUCGCUACUCCAGAAGCAUUCGCAGCGAACCCCUCUUUGGUUUGGGAAUUUUACGAAUAUCGUAGAAGAGUGGCAAGCGAAGCUAAGCCUAAUAAGGGUCAUGAAACAAUCGCAGCAUUUCAAAAUCGCUAUUUAGAAGAGGGUAAAAAUGUUGUGAUUGUGACACAAAAUAUUGAUGAACUUCAUCAAAGAGCAGGAGCUAAGGAUGUAGUGGAGCUUCAUGGUUCAUUGUAUAAAACACGUUGUACAAUUUGUCACGAAGUUGUUGUAAAUAAAAAUAUUCCCUUAUGUCCCGCUUUAGAGGGGAAAGGGUUACCAGAUCCAAAUAUUAUGACCUCUGAUAUCCCAAGAGAAGAUUUACCUAAAUGUGAGAAAGAAAAUUGUAAAGGUCUAUUAAGACCUCACAUUGUAUGGUUUGGUGAAAAUCUAGAUGAAUAUAUACUGGAGCAAGCUUGUAAGUAUUUUUAUACUGCUGUUGAAAACUGUGACGUUUGCUUGGUUAUUGGUACUUCAUCUGUAGUAUAUCCAGCCGCAAUGUUUGCACCGCAAGUAGCACAACGUGGAAUUCCCGUCGCUGAAUUUAAUUUAGAAACAACUCCUGCUACGAGACAUUUUGAGUCCCUGCACUAUUACUGUGACAGAAGCUUUAGAACCUUAAUUCUCAAAAAUCAAAUGGAUAUUACCUUGUACUAAGCACACUUCGGUAUUAAGUUCGAGUUGAUGUAGAUACUCCAACCAUA